AUGGGAAAUUAAAUAUUGAAAUCAAAGUUUGAUGACCAUCAAAAAUUCGAUGAUAAAAUGCAAUGGUAUAAGUUUUAAUAAAAUAAACAAGCAUAGCUGAAUAUGAUUAUUAAUCUUUAGAAACUAAAUAUUACGAAGGCCAAAUAUGGGAUCACUUUACAUAAAAAUUUAUAAUAAUCAAAUUCCAAAUUCAAUAUAUAGACAAUAAAGAAAUUAGAUAUAUAGAGAAUGGGUAAAUUCUAAGGAUGUAUUCUUUUUAAAAUAAAAUUUAAAAAUAGAGAAUAGAUAACAAAUAAAUAACAAGCACCAGAAAUAAUCAUAAAUUUAGAUUAAAUUAAGUAUUUGUAAUGGAAAGGAAUUUAUGGAAAUAAUAUGAAUAAAGUUGGUAAAUGGAAAGCAAUUUGGAAUGGUGAAACUUUAGAUAAUGUUACAGGUUGGUAUUCAAAGAUUGGAGAAAAACAAGGUUUAUGGAUGGAAUUAAUACAAAAAUUUUCGAGGUCAGUUUUUUAGAAAUACUUAGUUAAGCAUAAGUUUAUGAAAAAGGAGAAUAUUGUAAUAAUUUUAGAAGAGGUAGAUGGAAUUAUAUUUAUGGAAAUUAAUAAAUGUAUUUUGUGAAAAUAUUCGUAUAUUAGAGGUGGAGGGUAUUAUUCAUAAAAUUUAAAUUAAAAAAUUAGAAAAUGGGUUGAAAUUUCUGAUAAUUUUUGGAGGUUAUUAAAUUUUUUGAUUAUUAAAAAUUAGAAAUAGUUAAAUUCUAUAAAAUGGUGAAUAUAUUAAUGGAAAGAAAGUUGGUUUAUGGGAUAUUUACUGGAGAUUAGAAGAGAAUGGUCCAUUUAAAUUAAUGUAAAAUACUAAAUCAAUAAUAUUAAUUAGUGGUUGUGGUUUAUAUGAUGAAAGUUAAGGAUUGAAGAAUGGGUUAUGGUAUGAAUUAAGUGAUAAAUUUUGGAGGUAUAAUUUAAUAUUGUAUAAUAAGCAAUAAUUAAGUAAUUUAUUAUGGAGAAUAUAAAAAUAAUUGUAAAAUUGGUAAAUGGGAUAUUCUUUGGAGAUUAAAUUAAUAUUGUGAGUUUAUUAGGAUGUAAAUUUAUAUAAAUAAUAAAAAUUAGAGGUGGUGGAUCAUACAAAUAAGUUUAAGGACAGAAGUAGGGUAAAUGGAUAGAAUUGAAUGAUUAAUUCUCUAAGUAACAUAUAAUUUAUUAAAUAGUGAAAAUUAAAUAACAUUUUAAGGAGAAUAUUAAAACGGAAUGAAAAUUGGACACUGGGAAACAUUAUUUUAAAACUAAUAGAUGUAAAAACUAGAUUUAUCUAAUCAUUUUUAGAGGUGGUGGAUUAUUUAAUGAAUAAAAUGGUUUAAAAAAAGGAAAAUGGAUUGAAUUGGAUGAUAAUUUUUAAAGGUAUAAAAUUUAAUUUUUAAAUCAUAUAACAGUAUAAGUUAAGUAACUUAUUGUGGAGAAUAUAAUAAUGGUAAAAAAUUCGGUAAGUGGAAGAUUUUUUAAAAUGAUUUACAAAAGAAAAAGAAGGAUUUAAUGUAAAAAUUUAUUUUAUUAAUCAAAUUGUCAUAGUGGUGGUGGAUAAUAUUUUGAGCUUAAAGGAUUUAAAACUGGAUUAUGGAUUGAUAUUAUAGAAAAUUUUUGUAGGUGGAAUAUUUUGACUAUUUGAGUAGUAUAAAUUAAAUAACUUAUUCUGGUAAAUAUAUAGAUGAUAAGAAAAUUGGUAAAUGGAAAACCUUCUUCAAAGAUUCC